UCUCGAGGUAGUUCUGUAAGGCGCAAAUCCUGGGCUGGCCCAAGUAUUUACUUUGUAUUGCAACUACUUCUCAAUGCUCAAUCAGCAUUGAGCACAGUGGACAGUGGACCUAACAGCAUAGGAAAUCCGGCAAAACGACCCCUCUGAACAUCGCCCCGGGUUCUUGAUUACUUGGUCGCCUUUUGGAAGCCACGUAGACGCUCCGAAAUCUCCAAAUCCCGCGACCAGUGUACAGUCCACGGACAAGGAUACAUCACCUCUAGCGAGCGCAUUAAGACUCUUUCUCUCGUCCACUUGUCCAAUUGAAACCCCAACGGGUGAACAGGAAGUAGAAGGGCAGAAUGCCGGAACCAAGGAUUGCUUGCAUUGGAGUAAUUGGGAAAGCUGACAACCCACUGCACAUCUCCUUAUUUCACCCAUAUGGAAACCAUAACAUCGAUUUCUCCUUCAUUUUAAAUUCAUGUCUGGACAUCUUUGAAAUUCGCCAAAAGCAGACGUCGAUAGACCAAGACCUAGGACUUCUCUAUGCCAUGGAUGAACGCCUCGCAGCCUACGGUUGGCUGACAACUACUGGUGUGAAAUUCCUAGUUAUAAUUGACCUAUUAGGCCAAUCAAGAAACUCUGAAAUGGAGGGCACCAAGGGAAUUAAUGGGCCUACCGUUAAAGAAUCGGAUCUCAAACCUGUGUUUCGGUGCUUGCAGACCGCAUACAUUCGGCUGCUACAAAAUCCGUUCUAUCUCCCAGAUGCUCACAAUCCUAUUUCCAAGUCAGCUUUCGCGGCACCUGAUGUCUUACAGAUCACCGAUAAGAAGUUUGUCGCGGAAGUUAAACGGAUUGGUGAAUCUUGGGUGCCAGGCGUAAGUUCUUUAUAAUAUACAAUUCACGUUGCAGGGCCAGCAAAUGUAUAAUCUGAGUCAAUUUUAGGGCAUGAGAAAUCGCCUAUAGAUUAGAGGGGUUGCUUGUCUAUCUAGCGAAGCAAUAGAUCGGUGCACCAACAUCGUAUACCAUAUCCAGAAUCGCCAUGUCGCGGGAACAACAGGAAAGUGAUAGUGCGAAUAAGCCCAAG